CCUCUUUCCGGGGUCCAUGUGGUGGUUCCUCUGUCAAGCUUUUCUUGGGAAUCUGUGUGUUGCUGGGUCUACAAGCAUCGAACUAGUGGAUCAAACAUGCCUGGAAUUUUGCUCGGAGAUGUGUUUCCUAACUUUGAAGCCGAGACCACCAUCGGCAAUAUCAAGUUCCACGACUUUCUCGGUGACUCGUGGGGCAUCCUAUUCUCCCACCCGAGGGACUUCACUCCUGUGUGCACCACAGAGCUGGCCUGUGCUGCCAAAGUCUCUGAUGAGUUUAAGAAACGUGGGGUCAAGAUGAUCGCCCUUUCUCUGGACUCUGUGGAAGACCAUCACAACUGGAGCAAGGAUGUGAUGGCCUUUGGCAAUGCAGCAGGUAGCCCUCUGCCUUUCCCAAUCAUCGCUGACAAGAAGAGAGAGCUGUCUGUGCAGCUGGGAAUGUUGGAUCCAGAUGAGAUGGACAAGGAUGGCAUGCCGCUGACCGCUCGCUGUGUUUUUAUCAUUGGUCCUGAUAAGAAACUGAAGCUGUCCAUCCUGUACCCGGCCACCACAGGGAGGAACUUUAAUGAGAUUCUGCGAGUGAUCGACUCCCUGCAACUCACAGCACAGAAGAAGGUUGCCACACCUGUUGACUGGAAGCCUGGUGAUAAAGUUAUGGUCAUUCCCACUCUCUCUGAUGCUGAGGCUGAAGCCCUCUUCCCCAAAGGUGUGGCUACAAAGGUGUUACCUUCUGGGAAGAAUUAUCUGCGAUACACACAAAUCUGAAAGAAAGGAAAAACUCUUUCAAGAACCAUGACAUUCACUGUUUUAAUGUGAAGAAAUAAUUUACACUAAAUUAAUCUUAAAGGGAUUUCUGCAAAGAUUGUCAUCAUUAUCAGUGCCUUUGUCUUCCCAAAUAAAGACAGUAUCACUUGA